GAGCCGACGAGUAAAGCCGAAAAAAAGACCGGGAGACUUAACAACAAGAACCGCAAGUCCGCAACACUGAGUUGUGAAUGUUGCUGCACCUGCAACAAAUAUGACUUGGCAGUGUAAGUUGUGUUCAGCUUCUUUUACCACUCGGACAUAUUUAUUAAAACACUGCAGACUGCAGCACAGCCACUUUUCAAAAAUUAGCCCUCUCCCAUGUCUCCAUGAUGAUUGCAUGUGCACAUUUCAGACAUUUAGUGCACUGAGUACUCAUCUGUCAAGAUAUCAUACGCAAGAACGUAAGAGCAGUGCAAAGGAGAUUCAGGAGCUUGUCACCUUCAAGUGUCCUUUAUGCACAUUUCAGCAACCUUUUUCUGAGUCUGUGCUCCUUAGUCACAUAAGAACACACUUAAAAAAGCAUGAAACAGUGGUAUGUCCAUACAAAGACUGUAAAUAUAGCACAAACGUAUACUCUUCAUUUAAUUCCCACAAAAGUAGAUUCCAUCAAGGGAAUAUUGUAUCAGAGUUUGGUAGCGACAUUGUCUAUGAGCAUACUCAGAAUCUCCAAGCCACCAGCUCUAAUGUAACUAUGAAUGAAGAGUGUCGAUUUCAGUGCACAGAAAUGCAGGAUGAUGAGCAGUGUGCUACAUCAGCACUAAAAAAUCAGCUCAAACUUAAUGCUGCAUCUUUAUUUCUAAAGAUGCAGGCUAUCCUUCAUGUGUCAAACUCAGCUACACAAGAAAUAGUUGAUCACUUGAAUCAGAUAUUCUCUUUAUCUCAGCCAUUAAUCAAAGAUGCAGUUAAUGACAUAUUGCAGAGACAUGGUCACAAUAUUACUGACUCCACGCUCAAUGAAGUCGUCAGGGCUGUUAUGGAUUCUAAUGUUGUAUUUAGUGCUACAUCCAAAGGUGCAGAGUUGUCUUCUCAUAAGCGAAGAAAGACAUUUAUAGAGCACAAUUAUCCAUUGGUAAUGCCAGUAGAGUACCAUUUAGAAGCACCUGGUCAUACCAUUAUGUAUGUUCCAAUCCUUCAGAUGAUUCAGGAGCUGUUUAAAAAUACAGACAUCCUGAAUAAGAUCAAAGAACCAAACUCUGAGCCUGGUUAUUAUGUGUCAUAUCGUGAUGGCUCUCAUUUCCAAGAAAACAAGCUACUCUCAACAGAAGAUCUACACCUAGCAAUCCAGCUAUAUAUUGAUGAUCUUGAAAUUGCUAAUCCUCUUGGUACAUCACGUAAAGUUCACAAACUUUGUGCUUUAUACUGGGUCCUAGCAAAUGUGCCGCCCAAGUAUAGAUCAGCAAUGCACACUAUACAAUUGGCCCUUCUAGCUAAAGUGACAGACCUCCAGAAAUAUGGAUAUGCAAGUGUACUUGCACCAUUGGUUCAUGAUGUCAACACGCUAGAACAAGAUGGUGUUUUCAUUGAAUCCGUUGGUCAGAAUGUGAAAGGCACCAUUUUUUGCGUUUCUGCUGACAAUCUGGCUUCGCAUGGCUUAGGUGGUUUUCUGGAGUCAUUUAGAGCAAAUUAUGUUUGCAGAUUCUGCAUGGCCACAAGUGAACAGUUUCAAAUCACUGAGGUAAAAAAGGAGACAUUUGUUCAGAGAACCAAAGCGAGCCAUGACCUUCACGUACAAAAUGUCCUCCAAGAUGACAGUUUAAGCAGCCAAUUUGGGGUUAAAGGUGACUGUGUUUUGCGUGAGUCACUUGAGUACUUCCAUCCUAUUACAGGUUUUCCUCCAGAUCUACUUCAUGAUCUUUUGGAAGGAAUCGUUCCAGUUGAACUUUCUCUUUGCAUUAAAGAAAUGAUUCGGCUUAAGUACUUCACUUUAGAUUAUUUGAACCAAAGGAUCACGUCAUUCCCAUAUCAGCACACUGAUAAAAUAAAUAAACCACAUCCAGUUCCCAAAACAUUUAUGUCUCGGGGAACGAUUGGAGGCAAUGGGCAUGAAAAUGCCACGCUGCUGAGACUACUUCCCCUACUUGUGGGCAGUAAAGUACCAGAGGGUAAUAUUGCAUGGGAGGUUUUGAUGGACUUGAAAGAGGUAGUUGAAUUAGCUCUGUGCCCAUCAUUUUCUGAUGAAACACUGGACUAUUUUGUUUGCAAAAUCAGUGACCACAGACAGAUCCUACAAGAGGCUUUCCCUCAGUUUAGCCUUCGUCCUAAACAUCACUAUGUGGAGCAUUACCCCACCUUAGUUAAGUGCUUUGGACCCCUGGUUCAUGUUUGGACCAUGCGAUUUGAAGCAAAGCAUCGCUUUUUCAAGAGAGUGGUGCAUGAUGCUCAAAACUUCAAAAAUGUCUUGAAGACCCUGGCGAUCCGACACCAACACAUGAUGGCCUAUCACCUUGGUUCACCAUCAUUUUUCAAACCAAAAACGCAAACAUCCAGGGUUGACUCUGUUUUGGUUUCAGCUCUGGCAGAGGUAGCUCAGGCUCAUAUUAGAGGACAAACAACUAGUGAUGUUGUCUAUAGUACAUCAAAGGUGACCAUUGAUGGCACAGACUACACCACUGGAAUGUUUGUUUCCGUUGGAAUCAGUGGGGGACUGCCAAAAUUUUGCAGACUAACACAGAUCUACCUUGUGAAUCACAAUGUUUCUUUUCUCUGUUGUGAUUAUGACUCCUGGUAUGUAGAGCAUCUUCGAUCCUAUGAGCUGUCAGCCAUACAGGGGAGCCUGUCUAUCCACCUGCAAUCUGACUUGAAUGAUACAACCCCACUCUCUGCAUACAAGAUUGGGAGCUUGCUGAUGCUGACUCCCAAGAGGUUCAUACAAGUGAGACAAAAUUAAGACCACUCUACAGUAAGUAAUUUUUUGUGCAUUGGAAAAUGUGCUUCCUGAUCAACCAUUAUACGCAACAUACAUGACAUGCAUUUUGGAAUUGCACUCUUUGGUAACACAUUCUUAAGAUAAUGUCCAUAAUGGAUUAAAACACAAAUAUUACUGGCUUAUGUUAUGGAAGUUAUAAUAUACUGUGUGGCCUAGGUCCAAAAUUUUUUUUUCUUUUCUAUAAAGCACGCUUUAUAGAAAAGAAAGUUCUAAUGCUGAACACGUUAGAAGUUGUCAUUCAUGAUUUUAAACAUUUAGAAAGCCUUAUAAAUGCACUAUGAUGUCCAUUUACUGAUGUGUUUUUAACCUCUACA